GAAAAGUUGCGGGCUGUCUAAAUGAGCGCUCCUAGCGCGCCUUCCUCAGGAGCCAGCCGGCGCACAUCUGGGGACGUCCCCUGAGCUGAGUCCCGGCGGCUGCGAGGCGCGCUUGAUGGCACUAGGACCCAGGCGGCGCGCGAGCGAGGAGUCCCUCUCGUGAGUGAGUCAGUGCGCUCCGCCGGAGUGGAGGGCGCGCGGUGGAUGAGGCUGCUGCUGCUGCUGCGCGCGGGCGAAGUGGAUGGCUCGCGUGCGUCGGCAGAGGGGCCACGGAGCAAGGAAGCCACCGCAGCCUGGGCGACGCCGCCUCUAGCCUCAGCCCCUAGGGGGUCUUCCCACCUGCCCGCGGCGCUGAGGUGUAUAGCGUAAUGUCCAUGCUGUGCUACACACUGAUUAUAGCGUUUCUGAUCGGCAUAUGGGCAGCACCAAAAUCUGAGGAUAAUGCGCCACUGGGGUCUCCUGCAACAUCUGACAUUUCGGAAAGAAGCCAGACGGUGCAACACAGAGACCACAACCAGCCUGUUACUGGGGAAGUAGAGGACACAAAAAUCGAGCAAGCUACAAACAUCAAAGUGGAUCCAAAGCUUUUUCAGAAGAGACGAUUCCAGUCCCCUCGAGUUUUGUUCAGCACUCAGCCACCUCCUUUGUCAAGGGAUGGUCAGGGCGUGGAGUUCCUGGACAGCACAGACUCUCUCAGCAGUAAUAUCCGAGCCAAACGUUCCGCACACCCCGUGCACAACCGUGGGGAGUAUUCUGUGUGUGACAGUGUUAGUAUGUGGGUUGCCAACAAAACCACAGCGACAGACAUCAAAGGCAAACAGGUGACUGUGGUGGUGGAUAUGAACAUUAACACCAGCUUUUACAAGCAGUACUUUUUUGAGACCAAGUGCAGAGACCCUAAGCCAGUGUCCAGUGGGUGCAGGGGCAUUGACUCCAGGCAUUGGAACUCCUACUGCACCACUACACACACCUUUGUUAAGGCACUGACCAUGGCAGGCAAGCAGGCAGCCUGGCGAUUCAUUCGGAUAGACACUGCCUGUGUGUGUGUAAUCAGUAGGAAAACAGACAGCCUCUGAAACAGACCAACUGUUCUCCUCCCCAUCCACAUACUCCCAGUCCCCUACCUCAGCCUGUAAAUUAUUUUAAGUUAUGAGGACUCUAUGGUAUAUUUAUAGUUUAUAUAGUAAAGAAAUGAAUCCUCAUUAUUUAUUAAACUUUUUUGA